UUAUAUCCUGCAACUUUACUAUGAUAAUUUAUCAGUUCCAGGACGUUUUAGUCAAUUAUUUCAGAUUUUCUAAAUAGACAGUCAUGUCAUGUACAAAGAGAGUUUUAUUUCUUCCUUCCCAAUCGGUAUACCUUGUACUUCCUUUUGUCUAAUUGCAAUAGCUAGGACGUCCAGUACAAUGUUGAAAAAGAGUGGUGAAAGGACAUUCUUGCCUUGUUCCUGAUCUUAAUGGGAAAUAUUUGAGUUGCUCAUCAUUAUGUAUGAUGUUAGCUGUAGGAUUUUGUAAAUAUUCUUUAUUAAGUUGAAGAACUUCCCUUCUAUUCAGUAAUUUUUAAAAUAGUAGUCCUCAAUGGCUUUCUCCAAUGAAAAGAAACACAAAAGAAUAGUAAUAAAAAGAGUCACAUGCAAGACAUUUGGGUAAGGCUAGAGUUUGAACAUAAAAGGAACCUCAAAAGAACCUGUCAGAAUCUCAGGAAAACUCUGUAUUGGCGGAUUUUUUUCCCCUUAGGUUCCUGCCUGCUUUGUUGCCCUCCCCUGAUCCUUGGUCAGCCUGGUUUGGUGUGUUCACUGUUGUUAAAUGUCCAUCUUCUUCUUACUUUCUCCAAUUUCCUCUCUGGACUGUUUGAAAAACAUUAACCCUAAAUUUUUUUGGAGUCGUGACUUUGAUUUUUUGAUACAUGCCCUUCCCCAAAAUGCAGUAUGUCGUAUAUUUAUUUUAAAAUAUUAAACUGUGGUUUGUUUUCUGAUAAGACUUUCCACAGUACUGGUGCAGAAAAUUUUCAGUAUCUUCUGUGGCUAAGCUAAAGUUAGCUUCUUGUAAAUAGAUCUGUGUUUUGUGUCACUGCUUCAUUCAAUGAACUUUUUCAUUCAUUCAACAACUUCUUAAGUGCCUUUUGUAUACCAAAGUCUGUGCUGAGCACUGUGGAUUAUGGUGAACAAGACAAAGGAUCUUAUCGUGAGGGAAGCAGAUGAAUGUGCAAAAAAUAUUUAGUUAUGGACUUUAUAAGUAUUUAGCCUUACUCAAAAUGUGCAAAGAAGAAUAAUGGAAGCCCCUGAAUACCUUGAUUUGGAUGAAAUUGACUUCAGUGAUGACACAUCUUACUCAGUCACAUCACUCAAGACCAUCCCAGAACUGUGCCGGAGAUGUGAUUCGCAAAGCGAAGACAGAUCAGUAGAUCAACACUGUAAAACAUCGCCAUCUUCAGUUAAAAUUGUUUCUAGCUCUAGCUGGAAUUGUGGCGUGUCCACUCUUAUUACAAACACGCAAAAGCCCACGGGAAUCGCUGAUGUAUACAGUAAGUUCCGCCCCGUGAAGAGAGUUUCCCCACUGAAACAUCAGCCAGAGACUCUCGAGAACAAUGAAAGUGAUGACCAAAAGAACCAGAAGACGGAGUACCAGAAAGGGAGUGAGUCUGACCCAGGCCCCCAACCUGAGGAGCUCAGCCCUGGAGAUAGAGAAGGCAUCCCCCAAAGUAAGAGCACGGAGCCCAGCACAUUGCUGGGCGAACUGGAGCAUUAUGACCUCGACAUGGAUGAGAUUCUGGAUGUGCCUUACAUUAAAUCCAAUCAACAGCUUGCCUCUUUUACCAAGGUGACUUCAGAAAAAAGAAUUUUGGGUUUAUGCACAACCAUCAAUGGUCUUUCUAGCAAAGCCUGCUCUACAGGAACUCCUGAGAACUCUCCAUCCAACAUGACACCAUUUUGUGUUCUUUCUCCUGUGAAAAGCCCUCACUUGAGAAAAGCAUCAUCUGUCGUCAGAGACCAGCAAAAGCUCUCCACUGAAGAAGCCGAGAGCUCACCUCCUCUAGUUAAAUGUGGCUCUGCAUAUGAGCCUGAAAACCAGAGUAAGGAUUUCCUAAACAAGACCUUUAGUGAUCCACAUAGUCGAAAAGUUGAGAAGGCAAUGCCAGACUGCCAGCUCAGGGCCUUCCAUCUGCAAUCCUCAGCAACAGAAACCAAACUAGAAGAGCAGAUUGGUGGCAUGAACUGGACCAGCUCCCAAGGCCCAGAAGAAAGGAGUGAAUAUCUGAAAAAAGUAAAAAGCAUCUUGAACAUCGUUAAAGAAGGACAAAUAUCUCUCCUGCCACACCUAGCUGCUGACAAUCUAGACAAAAUUCAUGAUGAAAACGGAAACAAUCUCUUACACAUUGCCGCAUCGCAGGGACACGCAGAAUGUCUGCAGCACCUCACAUCUUUGAUGGGAGAAGAUUGCCUCAGUGAGCGAAAUGCCGAGAAGUUGACUCCAGCAGGCCUGGCCAUCAAGAAUGGUCAGUUGGAGUGUGUACGCUGGAUGGUGAGUGAAACAGAAGCCAUUGCAGAAUUGAGUUGUUCUAAGGAUUUUCCAAGCCUUAUUCACUACGCAGGUUGCUUUGGCCAGGAAAAGAUUCUUCUGUGGCUUCUUCAGUUUAUGCAAGAACAGGGCAUCUCGCUGGAUGAAGUGGACCAGGAUGGCAACAGCGCUGUUCACGUAGCCUCACAGCAUGGCUACCUCGGGUGCAUACAGACCUUGGUUGAAUAUGGAGCAAAUGUCACCAUGCAGAACCACGUGGGAGAAAAGCCCUCCCAGAGUGCUGAGCGCCAUGGGCACACCCUGUGCUCCCGGUACCUGGUGGUGGUGGAGACCUGCAUGUCACUGGCCUCUCAAGUGGUGAAGCUAACCAAGCAGCUAAAGGAACAGACAAUGGAACGUGUCACACUGCAGAACCAGCUCCAACAACUUCUAGAAGCCCAGAAAUCAGAGGGCAAGUCACUCCUUUCUUCACCCAGUUCACCAUCCUCUCCAGCUUCCAGAAAGUCCCAGUGGAAAUCCCCAGAUGCAGAUGAUGAGUCUUUAGCCAAAAGCAAACCAGGAGUCCAAGAGGGGAUUCAGGUUCUUGGAAGUGUGUCAGCAUCCAGCCGGGCUAGGGCCAAAGCAAAAGAUGAAGAUUCUGAUAAAAUCCUACGCCAGUUACUGGGAAAAGAUAUCUCAGAGAAUGUCUGUGCCCAGGAAAAGCUGUCCUUGGAAUUCCAGGAUGCUCAGGCUUCCUCUAGAAAUUCAAAGAAGAUUCCUCUGGAGAAGAGAGAACUGAAGUUAGCCAGGCUGAGGCAGCUGAUGCAGCGGUCACUAAGUGAGUCCGACACAGACUCCAACAACUCUGAAGACCCCAAGAGCACACCUGUGAGAAAGGCUGAAAGGCCCAGGCCACAGCCCAUUGUGGAAAGUGUAGAGAGUAUGGACAGCGCAGAAAGCCUACACUUGAUGAUAAAGAAACACACCUUGGCAUCAGGACGCAGGUUUCCAUUUGGUAUCAAGGCCUCCAAAUCUCUGGAUGGCCAUAGCCCAUCUCCCACCUCAGAGAGCAGUGAACCAGACUUGGAAUCCCACUGUCCAGGCUCAGGGACUACUCCCCCAAACCAGCCAUCUGGAGACUCCACUCAGCCCAGCCCUGACAGCACUGCUGCCCAGAAAGUGGCCACGAGUCCCAAGAGUGCCCUCAAGUCUCCAUCUUCCAAGCGCCGGACAUCUCAGAACUUGAAACUCAGAGUUACCUUUGAGGAGCCUGUGGUGCAGAUGGAGCAAACUAGCCUUGAACUAAAUGGAGAGAAAGACAGAGAUAAGGGCAGGACCUUUCAGCGGACCUCCACAAGUAGUGAAUCAGGGGAUCAACUGAAAAGGCCUUUUGGAACCUUCCGAUCCAUUAUGGAGACACUAAGUGGCAACCAAAACAAUAAUAAUAACUAUCAGGCAGCCAACCAGCUGAAGACCUCCACAUUGCCCUUAACCUCACUUGGAAGGAAGACAGCAGAUGCCAAGGGAAAUCCCACGAGCUCUGCUAGCAAAGGAAAGAAUAAGGCAGAGAUGUACAGCAGCUGCAUCAAUCUUUCCUCUAACCCGCUGAUUGAAGAGCAUCUGCGUAACUCUGCACGGCAUAAUGCCAUCAAUAGAAAAGUGAAGAAAUCCUACAGCAUAAAGCACAUUGCUGAGCCAGAACCAAAAGAACUCUUCCUGUAAAUCACUUUUUUUAUUCUCUCUCAUUGCUGCCCUUUGGACACCAUUGGAAAUCUCUGGAUUAUCCUCUAUGGAAAUAGAACCAGGAGAACAAUGCUUCACCAGCAGAAGAACAGAAUAUCAGAACGCCUUAAAUUUAUAAUAGUAGACUAUAUCAGACACAUUUUGGGAUGAUAUUUGUAAAUAUAACUUGUUUUUAAAGAGAUGCUGUUUAAAAGCAUGAUUGGGCAAAUGUAUGUUUUUUAAGACUGGAUUGAUUCAGCCUACCCACAGGACAUUUACCAAGCCACUGACUCCAUUUUGUAUUUCAUCAAUUGCAUGAGUGUUUGCUAAUGUUGAUUGAAUUUCCCUUUCCCCAUAAUAUGGGCAGUUUUGGCUCAGCUCCUCAAUGAGACCAGGUCAGUGGUAUUGCUUUCGGUCAAGAGUGUUUUUUCUGUCAUUUCUACUUUUGGUAUAAAGGAAAUAAAGCAAUGUUAACAGUCACCUAUAAGCUUGGGGUACCUACAUUCAAAUAAAUCUGUGAUGUUCUGAUUUCUAAGGGAUUUUGAGAGUAUUUUGAUUGCUGAUAUUUUAUUUCAGGAACAAACUGCCCAGUUUAGCUGUUUUCCCAUAGGGGUCAAAUAAAACAUUCUAGUUUUCAUUAAGUACUAAAGGAUCAGACAAGUAUAUAAAGUAAGUCAAUUCCUUCUGUCUUCUCAAAUCGUAGUGUUGACAUGAGAAAAUGCUAAUGACAACUAAGGAUUUAGCCCCUUCUUGGGUCACUUUUUUCUGCCUCUAACACAUUAUGAGGCCUGUCUAAUCCCUUUAGGAGACAGUGUGGAGCCUGAGUUCAUAACAGCCCUAUUGUUGAUGCAGCUUUUAAUCCAUGUAAGCAGUAAGUUCCAGAUGGUUUCGUCCUAUCAUGUAAAAAUAUAUUUCUGUUGAAACUUCAAGAGUUUUAUUUUCAAAGUGUUGGCAUGGCCUAUAAGAGGCUUGUCAAAUUUUAGUCUGAAAGCAGAAUGUAUUCUUACUAGUAGGAGGGAGCACUAUAUGCUAUUAACAGUUUCUAGCAAUGUUACUGCAAUCAAAUGUGGACCAUUCUGUAUUCUGCGUGGACAAAAGACACCAACGUGCUGAAUUAUGAGGUAAUCUUGCAUAUGUGAGUCCUCUGAUAAACGUGGACUUGAUGAGAUGCAGUGAGGUAUAGAAGAAGGAGCGAAUAUUUAAAUGCCUUUUAUGUAUCAGCCACGCUUAUGUGGAGAUAUUAUUACUGUCAUUUUAUAGAUUACAAAAUUAAAGUUCAGAAAGUUUAA